AUGUCACUGCCCCGUCUGUGGAAUGGGGGAGGAGCUGAGGCGGAGACCGUGAUCUCGACCAUGUUCAUCGACAACGAUAAGAGUGGGAAGAGCUUGGAGCUCCCCUUAUUCAGCUUCGACUGCAUCUCCAAAGCAACAGGCAAAUUCAACGAGUCGAAUAAGCUCGGGGAAGGUGGAUUUGGCCUCGUCUAUAAGGUAGUUUGCAUUGCACAUUACAUCUAUAAUAUACAUUAUGGAUAGAAUUCUACUUCAUAGCUCAAAGGAUGUUAGAGCUGUGGGUUGUCUGGGCCGGCUAGGGUUUUGGGAAAGAGAGUGAUUAUGGUUUUGGUCUCUGUAGGGAACGCUGCCGGACGGGAGAGUAGUAGCUGUGAAGAGACUCUCGGAGACGUCAGGGCAGGGAGUGGAGGAGUUCAAGAACGAGGUGAGACUGAUAGCCAAGCUUCAGCACAGGAACCUCGUGCGGCUGAUCGGAUGCUGCGUCCAGGCAGACGAGAAGAUUCUUGUCUACGAGUACCUGCCGAACAAGAGUUUGGACGCCUUCAUCUUCAGUGAGUCAUCCCGUUCCUCUGGCUAAUUAGGGUUGCCGUAGCUGUCGAUGUACAUUUGAUGGCUGAGAGAACUCCACAUUCAAAAGCAUGGGCAUUUAAUCAUAUAUAUUUAAAUAUUUUGUUGGAAAUUGAUUUUUAGUUGAAUGAUACGAUUCUCGAACACCGAGUGAAAAGUAUGAGAGUCCCACAUUAGAGAUGUAAACGUAUAAUCCUCUUUAUAUAUACUUGAACAUUCUUUACGGGAUUGAUUUUGAGUUGAAUGGUCCAAUUCUUUAACAAGGAGGGCUUAUGGCGAUGCAGAUCCUUCAAUGGGCGUUCAGCUGGACUGGAGGAACAGAUUCAACAUCAUUGAGGGCAUCGCCCGAGGCCUCCUCUACCUCCACAGAGAUUCGCGAUUGAGAAUAAUCCAUAGAGAUCUGAAGGCCAGCAACAUCCUACUCGACGAAGAGAUGAACCCUAAGAUCUCCGACUUUGGAAUGGCGAGGAUCUUCGGAGGCAACCAGAACCAGGCCAACACAAACCGGGUGGUGGGCACCUUGUGAGUUCUUAUAUCCAUCUCUCUCUUUGUCGCCUUCCUUCCUUCUCACGCAGGAAUUCCUCAUCUCCCCUCACCUUUGUCAACUUGUUUGAUCAAAUGCCGCAGCGGGUACAUGUCUCCGGAGUACGCCAUGGAAGGGCUCUUCUCUAUUAAGUCCGACGUCUACAGCUUCGGUGUUCUGAUGCUGGAGAUCAUCAGCGGCCAGCGGAAUAACAGCUUCCGCCCCGAGAAGUGCCCCAACCUCGUCGGACGGGUGAGUACCCUUCAAAAGUUUGACAAGAAGUCUCAUCCUGCACCAGAAAAAAUCAGAACCCUUUAAGCCAAACCUCUUUUUUUCCUGUGGACAUCUCGAAAUGGUGUUCAUUACCAGAUAUAAAAAAAUUUAAAAUGGAAGCCCUAGAAUCCUUAUGACCCACCAAAGCCAACCCGGACAUGUUGACGCUAGAAUUCUUGACCCCCAGGAAAGCCUCAGACAUAGAGGCCAUAGACACCCUAAAAACUUGACCCAGUAGUUUGCAAUCUCCAGACAUGGCAGUCUGGAAACCUUGAGUUUCUUUAUCCCGUAAACCUAUCCCUGGUUUCUCCCUUCGUCCCCAAGCACGGCCCCGUGACCCUAAAAUUCUCCGAACUCGUCAAUGUAACCCUGUUUUUCCCACUCAUAUCCAGGCAUGGCAGCUGUGGAACGAAGACAAGUCUCUAGAGCUGGUGGAUCCCUCCAUAAAGAACUCCAUCUCCGCGAGAGAGGUGGCCCGAUGCAUACAGGUUGGGCUUCUGUGCGUCCAAGACCGGGCCAACGAAAGACCCACCAUGGCCUCCGUCGUCUUUAUGCUGGACAGCGACGGCGUUCUGCAACCCGUCCCCAAGCCCCCCACUUUCACCUUGGACAGUAGCCCGAAUGAGACCGAUUCUAUCCCUCAUGAAUACUGCGAGUCCUUAUCCAGCAGCGAUAUCACUGUAAGUGUCGUCAAUGGACGAUGA